UAGUAUUUAAUAAAUACUAUAAAGAAAAAUAAUUUAUGAAAAUUAUUGUUUGUAAUUUGUAUAUAAUCGUGUAAACAUAAAGUAUGACGACGUGUCAAAAUGGCCGAUCUUAACAAAGAACUAAAUGAAUAUCUUCUUAGCAGCAAAAAUGAGAAACAAUUUAAAAUUACCGUACCUGCGGUGACAAUACCAAAAACAAAUAUUGGAAAAUGGUUUGGAAAAGGUGAAGAAGACAAAGAAGAAACAGGAUGGAUUCAAGGAACACAAAAGGAAUGUUGUCCUAGUAUGACAAGAAUACAAAGGCUAAUAGCAUUUGUUGUGUGCUUUUCUAUGGGUGUACUUUGCUUCUGUCUAUCGGCGAUUUAUAUUCCGGUUUUGUUAUUAAAAGCGCGAAAGUUUGCACUUUUGUACACCUUAGGAAGUGUUUUCUUCUUAUCAAGCUUUUGCUUUCUUUUGGGUCCAUUGAGUUAUUUAAAAUCAUUAUUUACUGCUGAAAGAAGGUGCUUUAGUAUAUCCUAUUUUGCAACUUUGAUAGGAACACUUUAUUGUGCUCUUCAUUUACAAUCUACACCAUUAACAGUACUGUGUGCUGUUUUGCAAUUAAUAGCUAUGAUAUCGUUCUUAGUAAGUCAUAUACCAGGAGGAACAAAAGGUCUAAUGUUUUUUACAAGAAUGUUCAAAUCUUCUGUAAAUUCUACAUUGCCUGUGUGAUAUUAUAGUUUCUUAGGUAUUAAAUAUAUGUGAAAUAAAUAUUCUUUGUAUCUUUAAUUAUAAUAUUUUAUAAAAUUCUAUAUAUAAAAUAUAUAUAAUUUCUAUAAACAAAUGGAAAACACAUGUUUUUAUGUGGAUUUGAUAUGUACAAAAGACUGACUUAUUAUAGUACAUAAUCAAAUAUAAAUAAUAAAUAACAUAACAAUAUUAAGACUUUGA